ACGUGGAGCCGGGAGUCUUACUACACAGAAACUGCUGCAUUGAGGAAAUGUGAUGCUCUGUCAUGCCUCAGCUCCGGGAGUAGAGCGCGGCGGGCUGCAACAACAACACGCUCAGUGAACACUCCUCAACCCAAACCAUAAUGUAGAGAGAAGCAGCAUCCAGUCCUCGAGGUUUCUGGGAUUUCAUUUCACACCACCUUCUCCCCCUGGCACUCGGAACAGAGGAGAGCUGAAGAAAAGAAAAUGUUAAGUACAGCGUUGGACUCGCUGAUCGCGGUGCUCCUGGUUUGCAGAGCGGCGACCUCGCAGUACUCGAGCAACCAGUGCAGUUGGAAGGGAAGUGGUUUAACGCAUAAUGCUCACUCCAGAGAUGUAGAACAGGUGUACCUGCGCUGUUCUGAAGGUUCAUUGGAAUGGUUGUAUCCUACUGGAGCCCUGAGGGUUAAUUUACGAACCAAUCUAGCAUCAUCUUACAAAAACUUGACUGUCUGCAUUAAGCCUUUCAAAGAUUCCAAGGGAGCUAAUAUUUAUUUAGAAAAGGCUGGUGAUCUGAAACUACUUGUGACUGAAGAGGACCACGUCCCUAACAAAGUAUAUUGUUUCGGCAUGGAUGAGGGGGCACUCUUUAUCCAGGCCACCCCUCAGAUGGACAUAAGCAGAAAAAUCACUGGUUUUCAGUAUGAAUUAUUUAAAGAUAGGACUGUUGCAGAUUUACACAAUGCACCAGCUUCUUGUCGUCCAUGCAAUGACAUGGAAGUCCUCCUCGCUGCCUGCACCAGUGAUCUGGUGAUCAGAGGAACCAUUCGUUCUGUGUCACAUGAUCAACAACAAGAAGAAUCAAGGAUAGAUAUCUUUGCAGACAAGAUAUACAGACAAAAGAACAAGGUAUUCCAGCCAAUCGGGAAGAGUGGGAAAUGGCUGGGACAUAUAAAGACACUGCUACAUUGUGGAGUCAAGGAAGGAGAAGGGGACUUCCUAUUCACAGGAAGCAUGCACUUUGGUGAGGUCCAACUAGGCUGUGCACCCCGAUAUAAGGACUUCAGAAGGAUCUACAAAGAAGCGAGAGACAAAGGGGAAAUUCCUUGUGAAUUGACCACAGACUGAUGCUACCCUUCCGCAACUGGAUUAGAGUUAUCCAGAUCAAACGGAACACUAUCUUAUAGUGCGCUGCAUUUGAAACGUGGUACUGAUGAGACCAAGCAUUCUGCCACUUUAAUAGAGCUCAUUGUUGCUAGGCAACAUUACAGAUUUCAACUAAACUAAAAUGAAAAAGACUUUAAAUCAUUGUUAUUCAAGACUGCCAUCAAAAUAUCAAUACUAAUAAAUUUCAAAGUCUUAAAGAAUAUGAAUGUAGCAUAAACUUGUAUAUGAUGUACAGAUUUUCAAAGUGAUGCCUGAAGCUGUUGUUUUGUAAUGAUGCUGAUGUACAGUACAAGGGAUUUUGUAACACAGAAAAUUAUGAAGACAGAAUGUUUCUGAGAGAAUGUAAAGUCUUGAAAUAUUGUGAGCCCUCUUAAAACUGGUAAUAAAAUCAUUCCAGAGAGGUAACUAUCUCUGGCUCAGUACAAACUGAUUAUAGCUGUCAAUCAAUGAUCCACGUUUAGGAUGACACUGGACACUAGACAAGAUAUAAGGUAUAAUAGAACAUCUGUUUGGUACUUAGUACACAAGGGAACUGGAUUGCACUGGUAACGUAAGCCAUAAAUGUGCUCCAGAAGAGUCAUAAGCUUGAACUAAGAUCUUGACUCAGAUUUAAAUUCCUUUUUUCCUCCGUAAACAAGUCUUGAGUUCUUGAUGUGGCUGCUGGCUAAGGUCCACAUAGCUGUUGGGUGAAACAGUCUCUCUGCCCCAGAGCUAACCUCUGCCAAUAGGUCAUGGUGUAUUUCAUACUUCUGUCAUGGUGAGUGUCCCAACCUGGCCCCCAGGAAACAAGGAUGACAGCAGUGCCGUUCAGGGUCUUUGUGUUUUACUGGGUGGUUUCCUGGCAAUUACAGGCUGAGUUCAUGAACAAUUGAUGAAUAGGCCAAUUUAGAAUUUAACCUGGGCCAGUUCCUUUGUUACAGAUGACGAACUGCAUCAUAUUAGUAAUGUUUGGUACAAAUAGCAGCGAGGAUAACUUGUGGAAAAAUAUUAAGUAUUUUAAGCAAAUGGCAUUGCUGGCACACACGUCUCUCUUUCUGAGGGGGAAGAUUUGUCCUGCUGUAACCCUUGCUCCAUUGCAUUGAAGAAAGAAGAAAAGAAAAUUGUGUAGUGCUUAUAACAAAGCAAAGAGUCCUAAAAACAUUUCAUAGUAGUGUGUUAGAGUGCAGACAUCCCACCUCUCCUGGAAGUUCUGGGAGUCUCCCGCAUAUUAAUAGUGGCUCCCUGAUGCCCGAAAAUUAUAUACAAUAUCCUGGAAAUCAAUUUUUUUGAGAGCGAGAAAGAGCGAGAGAGAGAUUGCGAGUGCGCAAGAGAGAGAGAGCAAGCGCGUGACAGAGAGAGAGUCCUAUGGUAGAGUGUUCCAAAAAAAGAAAAUAUAAAAUGUAUGUCACCCCAGUCUACCCUAAAGUGUACCCCUGCCUAAAAGGGGUCAAAAAUAAUGACAGUGUUGCUCGCCGCACUGUUUGCAACAGUGACUUUUCUAUUGCCCAUGGUGGGUUAAGACUGUUAAAGACAUGUUGAGGUGAGUUUUAACAGGUGUCAUUCAUUCACUAGAAUAGCUAACGUUAUUUAAACUAGCUGGCUAGCUGUUAAGGAGCUACUCUAUUGCAGGCAUCCCACCUCUCCCGGAAGUUCCGAGAGUCUCCCACAAAUUGAUGGUGCUACCUCCCUGAAAUGAGUUUUUGCAGGGUGGGAUGUCUGAGAGUGAAUCACUAAACAUUAUGAGAGGGCAUUGGUUUUGUGGGAAGAAUACAUGGUUUGUAAAGGCGACUGUAAGCAACUUCUUCAGCAUUUAGCAGGAGAAGUUUCUGCUUCUCCAAUGCAGCAGUUCCAAGGCACCUAGGUAUCCCAUCCAGGUCCACAAUCUUUUCUCUUGGUCAUCCAGGCCCACUCACAAUGUUACUUAUUGCCAGCUGUAAGAACUGCAAAGUAUAUUAGGCCUAUUGCUAUGUGAUGGGCCUGAAUCCGAUAAGACAAUGGUGACAGCUUGUCAUAGUUACAUAUUGGAGCAUCCUUUGGCAGGAGUUAGUUCAGUGGAUUUAAACACAAAUACUUGUACACUAUAAAUGUCCAGUGUCACUGUGGUAAACCAUAUAUAUGUGUUGUAACUGGGUUAACUGUCUGGACACGCCCCUCUGCUGACGGCCACUGUGGCUCCUCCCACAGAGUCCUGUAUAAAGGUGUUUCUCCUUGCCCCUCCCCCUCAGUCCGGGGGCAGACACUCACCGUGGAGGUCGUAUUGUACAGCGAAUAA